GUACGUACCUAACUGUGGGGGUUGCCACGCGCUGAUUCGCAACCAGAUCAGCGUGGUACAUAUAUGCAAAUGAACUUGAUCCUCGAUCGCAGUCUGUCGUCGUUUGCGCCGCGAGACAAACGAAAGCGAAAGUUGAGAUCUGCUACUGCGAGAGACCCCCCGGAGUGCGCGCGCGAGUGAAAGUACGAUCCGAUUACGCACGUGAUUCCAAACGACGCUCCACAGUUUAGUACAGACCGCAGAGCUGUGCGCAUAUUCAAUUGGCUCUCACCAUGCGACCGAUGAUCGUGGCGUGGAUCUGGCUGAUCGUUUCGAGCAGUGGUGGUUCGUGGAUGGGGUUGUGUUUGAAACAAUCGACUCCGAAGGUGAUCGGUGGACAGAAUGCUUGUGCUGGGGAGUUUCCGUUUUUGGUAUCGAUUCAGUGGAACUUUGGAAACGGUUCCAGAGCGGUCCACUUUUGUGGCGGUACCAUUGUGGACCGGUAUUGGAUUCUGACGGCGGCUCACUGCAAGGAAACUGUGUUCGAUAAUGGUUGGUUGGAAGUGGUGGCAGGGGAGUUUGAUUUGCAACGUGACGAAGGUUUCGAGCAGAGGCGCAAUGUGAGCGAGUUUUUAGUACACGAAAACCGGCUGUCCGGGUUUGUCGGGCCAAAUGAUAUAGCUUUGAUUAGAUUAGAUCAACCGUUGGAACUGACGACCAAUAUAACAAUGGUAAAGCUAGACGACAGACAAACACCGAUUUAUGGAUUUGCCAUUCUUCCCGGAUGGGGAUCGACAUCACCGACCUUUGAGCUGAUCUACCCGGAAAAAUUACAGAAAGCUUACUUACCGGUCUUCCCGUACGACGCCUGCCUGCAAUACUUCCCACUGUUUAGUCCUCUCGAGGAGACAAACUUUUGCGCGGGAGAGCUGAGUGGUACGGUGAAUGCUUGUCAUCGGGAUUCGGGAGGACCGCUGCUGCAAACGAUCGACGAAAUAGUGACACAAAUCGGAAUUGUAUCCUGGGGAGCCUUACCGUGCACCGCGUAUCGCAGUCCAACCGUUGUAACGUGGGUCAGUUGCUUCAGGGACUGGGUUCGGACGACAAUCGAAAGAAAUUCCGUCGAUUUUGAUACUUUUAUUUAGAAUAGAAAUUAUGUUCGGUGCGAAAUAAAUAAAUUUCCUAAAACAA